GGGGUGAAGGGGGGGUUUACAUGCAACCGAGGCAAAGUUGUUUAUGAUUGAAUCUCAGAGGCACUCUUAUCAUUUGGUAGAUCCAAGUCCAUGGCCUAUUUCGGGUUCACUCGGAGCUUUGGCAACCACCGUAGGAGGUGUGAUGUACAUGCACUCAUUUCAAGGGGGUGCAACACUUCUCAGUUUGGGCCUAAUAUUUAUCCUAUAUACCAUGUUCGUAUGGUGGCGCGAUGUUCUACGUGAAUCCACGUUGGAAGGACAUCAUACCAAAGUCGUACAAUUAGGACUUCGAUAUGGGUUUAUUCUGUUUAUCGUUUCGGAGGUUAUGUUCUUUUUUGCUUUUUUUUGGGCUUUUUUUCAUUCUUCUUUGGCACCUACGGUAGAGAUCGGAGGUAUUUGGCCCCCAAAAGGGAUUGCGGUUUUAGAUCCUUGGGAAAUCCCUUUUCUUAAUACUCUUAUUCUCCUUUCAUCCGGAGCUGCCGUAACUUGGGCUCAUCAUGCUAUACUCGCGGGGAAGGAAAAACGAGCAGUUUACGCUUUAGUAGCUACCGUUUUACUGGCUCUAGUAUUCACCGCCUUUCAAGGAAUGGAAUAUUAUCAAGCGCCCUUCACAAUUUCGGAUAGUAUUUAUGGUUCUACCUUUUUCUUAGCAACUGGCUUUCAUGGUUUUCAUGUGAUUAUAGGUACUCUUUUCUUGAUCAUAUGUGGUAUUCGCCAAUAUCUUGGUCAUCUGACCAAGGAGCAUCACGUUGGCUUUGAAGCAGCUGCAUGGUACUGGCAUUUUGUAGACGUGGUUUGGUUAUUCCUAUUUGUCUCUAUCUAUUGGUGGGGAGGUAUAUGAAGGAACGAAUCAGUGGAUUGAAGAAUUCAAGCUCGAAGACAAAGAGAAGCGGGCUUUUCCAAAGAAUUACUGCAGCUUUCCCACUCCCUUUUAUUAUCAUAUACAAAAAAGUAUCUUCCACUUUCCUACUAAAUCUCUCUUUAUUCUGGCACAUAAAUGAAGGGAUCGAAGAGAUUAUGGCAGAUCAUGUUCACCAAGAAAUGACCUGAAAUUGGAUCUUGGUCUAUUUGAGAUUGUUCCUUUUAAUCGUAAUCAAAGAUGUUUUCUUGUCUCUCGUUUCUUUUCUGAACAAAUCGAAGAACCUAAUGGAUCGAACUCAUCCUUGGCUGCUACGAAAGAAAUAGGCCUUGCGUUGCGGAAGGAACGUUCUGCUCUGAGUGGAAGGCAAGAGCUCCUUCCCUCCCUUCCUUAUCGACAUUAGCUGUAUCCCAUAUCUCCCCAUAUCGUAUUUAACUAGACCCCAUCCCUCGCUUUGACUGUUCACCAUAUGUGUAUCGUACCGACCCCAUAAUCAUACGUACAAUAAUUUAUUCCUUCUCCCCAUAUCACUCAUUCACAUGCCAUCUCAUUGUUCACCCGGAAAAUCUUCUUGUUUAAGACAGAUCGCUUCCCUCAGUCAGCGGGGGGCCUAGUCGAUGUAGGCCCCCAAACGGCGGGCAGACCAGUCGAAGGAGUAGUUCACUUACCUGUUUGUACAUAUACUAUACUCAUACCCAUA